AUGACGGCCGCGCACGGCGUCAUUGCGAUUCUGGAGUCGACGUAUAACAGCCUGGAUCUGGAUAGUAUUCUGAGCUUGUAUGCGGACGACGCCAAAUUGACGGCUCACUUAUUCGAGCUAGUGGGGUUGGACAAGGUGCAGAUUCGGGCGUUUUACGCCGACCUCUUCGAGUCGAAUGGCGACAUCGAAUUCGUAACGCGGUCUAUCAGUGGGACGCCAGACUUGGUCAUCUGGGAGUGCGACGUGCGGUGCACGGCGAGAAAGAGCUCGCCUGCCUUGGGGAUCGCGAGGGGAGAUGCCGUGCUGAUGAGGGGGGUGUCGCUGCUGACCUGGCGAGACGGGCUGAUUGCGGAGCAGAAGGAUUAUUUCCAUGUUGCGAGGAAGAGUUAG